AGCUCAAGCAUCUCAUCCGACGUGAGUUCAAGUACAGAUCACACACCCACCAAAGCCCAGAAGAAUGCAGCUACCAGUGAAGACUCCGACCUGAGCAUGCGGACACUCAGCACACCCAGUCCAGCAUUAAUAUUUCCACCAAAUUCCCCUGGUUUCCAAAAUGGCAGAGCGUCAUCCACAUCUUCAUCCUCAGUCACUGGGGAAACUGUUGCCAUGGUCCACUCACCACCUCCAACCCGUCUCACCCAUCCUCUUAUCCGGCUGGCAUCCAAGCACCAGAAGGAGCAGGCCAACAUAGACCGCCUGCCUGACCACUCCAUGAUCCAGAUAUUCUCCUUCCUGCCUACCAACCAGCUGUGCCGCUGUGCCCACGUGUGCCGCCGCUGGUACAACCUUGCUUGGGACCCCCGCCUUUGGAGGACUAUUCGCCUGACUGGUGAGACAAUCAAUGUAGACAGGGCUCUUAAAGUGCUGACCCGAAGGCUUUGUCAGGAUACACCCAACGUAUGUCUCAUGUUGGAGACAGUAAUUGUUAGUGGCUGCAGGCGGCUCACAGACAGAGGACUCUACACCAUUGCCCAGUGCUGUCCAGAACUGAGGAGGCUGGAGGUGUCUGGCUGCUACAACAUCUCCAAUGAAGCAAUCUUUGAUGUCGUGUCACUGUGCCCAAACCUGGAACAUCUGGAUGUGUCAGGCUGCUCCAAGGUAACAUGCAUCAGUUUGACACGCGAAGCCUCCAUCAAGCUGUCUCCCUUGCAUGGGAAACAAAUCUCCAUUCGCUACUUGGACAUGACAGACUGCUUCGUCCUGGAGGAUGAAGGACUGCACACCAUUGCCGUGCACUGCACUCAACUGACCCACCUGUACCUGCGCCGCUGUGUCCGCAUCACCGACGAGGGUCUCCGCUACCUGAUGAUUUACUGCACAUCCAUUAAGGAACUGAGUGUGAGUGACUGCCGCUUCGUCAGUGACUUCGGCAUGCGGGAGAUUGCCAAGCUGGAGUCGCGUCUCCGAUACCUUAGCAUUGCUCACUGCGGCCGUAUCACAGAUGUGGGCAUCCGUUACAUAGCCAAAUACUGCAGCAAGCUGCGCUACCUCAACGCGCGGGGCUGCGAGGGCAUCACGGACCAUGGUGUGGAGUACCUUGCCAAAAAUUGCACAAAACUCAAAUCACUAGAUAUUGGCAAGUGCCCUCUGGUCUCAGACACCGGCCUGGAGUUUCUAGCCCUCAACUGCUUCAACCUGAAGCGCCUGAGCUUGAAAUCGUGUGAGAGUAUCACUGGGCAGGGCCUGCAGAUUGUAGCUGCCAACUGUUUUGACCUGCAGAUGUUGAAUGUGCAGGACUGUGAUGUCACUGUGGAUGCUCUGCGAUUUGUUAAGCGGCAUUGCAAACGCUGUAUUAUAGAGCACACCAACCCUGCCUUCUUCUGA